AGUAUCGUCAUUCUAAUAUUUAGUACAGUAAUUUGCCAUAUUUAUGGUUUCACAAGCAUUUCUGAUGUAAAAACCGAAAUUCACAUGUGUACAACAACUGCACUGCUUAUUUCCAGGGUUUUGAACUAAUACCACAAUAAACUAUCAGGUAAGGGGAAUAAAAAGCGGAUCAAUUUCUUCCCGUUCAAUAUGUCGUUUAGUGGAGAUACUAAAAGCAGAUUGACCUUGGAAAAAUCAUGUUCAGGAUUUGAUUCAAAUGGAAUCUACAUUUUCAGAGGAGUUAUUGAGGAUCUACUACCGAAGACUUUUCCCAUGUGAUCUAUUCGCACAGUGGCUUACAUAUAAUUCUCGAAGUAGUGGGCUUUCUAAAAGAGAAUUCAGUUUCACACUGAAUGGUGAUAUCUAUCUUAGAUAUCAGAGUUUUGAUUCGUCGUCGGACCUUAGGAAGGAUCUAGUCAAGCUAUGCCCUAUUAAGAUUGAUAUUGGGGCAGUUUACUCAACUUCUCCCAGGCUUCAUCGUUCAAUUUUAUCUUCUUCACUCAAGCCUGAAUGGAAAGAAUUAGUUUUCGAUAUUGAUUUGACUGAUUAUGAUGAAGUUCGUUAUUGUUGUGGUGAACAAAGUACUUCUGGAUCUUCUAUUUGCCUUUGCUGCUGGCAACUUGCUCGUUCUGCAGUCCUCUGUAUCGACCGUGCCUUAAGAGAAGACUUUGGGUUCCAGCAUUUAUUGUGGGUGUAUUCAGGUCGUCGUGGAGUUCAUUGCUGGGUAUGUGAUCGUUCCGCUCGGCAUUUAGAUCAAACUUCGCGUACAGCUAUCGCGGAGUAUUUAACUUUGGUUAGAGGGGGUAACGGUAAGAAGCCCACACUUACUGCUGGUAACUUCUCAAAAUCUUAUGAUUCACAUUCACAUGGGAAUAUUGAGCCAAUUUUUCAUCCUUGUGUGGAUGCAGCUUGUGAUAUAUUGAUGCCUCGAUUCGCAACUUAUUGCAGUACAACAAAUGGUCAAAAUUUAUUCGGAAAUAAAAAACGUCUGGAUAAGUUACUGUCAUUUUUACCGGUUGAGUUAAAAGAUCUUCGUGAACGACUUUUAGAUGAGUGGUCUACCGAUACUCAAGAAAGCAAAGAAGAAGUAUCUACAAAAAGAUGGAACACAUUAAGAAAGUUUUUGAAAGAAAAUGGUCGCGCAAAUGUUUUGAAGGAAAUAGUCUUAAAUUUCACAUACCCUAGACUAGAUGUUAAUGUGUCAACAGGUCUUAAUCAUUUACUGAAGAGUCCAUUUUGUGUGCAUCCGAAAACUGGUUAUAUAUGUAUACCAUUUAAUCCACAAGAAGUCGAUAAACUUGAUCCAUUUAAUGUACCAACAUUAAAUGAACUUGUAGAACAGCUUUCUUCUGUAACAAAUAAUGAUCAUGAUUGUGGUAACAAUGAUGAAAAUAUUUCAUCCAAUGAUAGACAUUUAUUAUCAUUUAAGAAUACCUCUUUAAGGUCUUCAAUUGAAUAUUUUGAGACUUUCAUAAAACAUGUUUUAAAAGCAGAAAAUUCAUGUUUUAAUGUUAAUCAAGCUGAAGGUAAUUCAGAUUCAUUUAAAUCUAUUCCUGUAUUUUAACACUUCCUUUUGUAAAAGAGAUUUUAAAGACAGUAUAUGAAUUAUGUUAUUAGAUUAUUAUUAUUGUUAGUAUUCAAAAGCUUUUUUAUUUGUACACUAUGUUAAUAUUUCUCAACUCCGACUUCAUUACAGUCAGCAGCAUUACUUCUAUCCUCUUCUUUCUUAUCGUGCUAACUAGAGUCAAGAGGAUCAGUUAAGUAGUUGGAGCUUUUUGAUCAUAACCUCAAUGUAUCAAUUAAAAACACACUUAAAUUGAUCUUUUGUAUAUCAAGUAUAAUGGUUAGAAUUUAUGUACUGACUUUUUUGUCAUAUAGUGGAAAUCAUAGUAAAAGUGUAUUAGAAUUCCAUGAGCAUAGUUCACACCGAACAAUUUAAUGCGACGGAAAUUCGUCUCAAUCGAUAUUGGUUUCCUUUCUUAUAAGUCGUUAUGUCUCGUGGACGAACGCAGUUGCUUACAAAUUAAAUCAUAUUAAAGGAUAAUGUCUUGAUGAGAAAUAUUGGACAAACACAGAUAAAGAACAAAAUUUAUAAGACAACAUUCUACUGUAGUUAUUUUAGUAAUACAUUUUUUACGUCUAAUCAUGUUGGACAUCCCACGUGUGUACUUAAUUUUUUCACUGAAGCACAUUAUGAAGUAGAAUUUCUUAUUUAAUAAAGUUCCGCUUUCUAGAUCUCGGGGAUAAAAAUAAUAAGCUAAAAAGGUGUAUCACAAAGGUAUUUAUAACACUUGUCCAAGAUGCUCCAGGCGAGCGAUUUUACCAACCCAUAUUCGUAGAUUCUUUUCAAAGAAGAGGCUUGAACAAUUUUUAACGGAAAAAUGGAUUUCCACAGCAUUUUUUUUACUGAACACACAAAAACGGUGGAAAUAUCAAGCAAAAUAUAACUCAUAAGUAAAUGUUUUUAUUCUGCUUCAAAGUUAAUGAAAUCACAAUAUGUAGUGAAAUUAUAUUGUUCUGCUUCAGUUAUCGUCCUGGAUUUAUUCAAAUUCGUUGAGGGAAUCUAUUCUAUGAUUGGUUCAUGUUUACAUAUGAAUGGUGUGGAUGAUAAUUAUAUGUAAUUAUUCUGCCAUUUCCUACUUGUUUCAACACUUGCGAACACGGUAUUCCUUCAGUUUGUCAGUGCAUGAUUGAAAUGGUUCUCAAAUUACUCACUGCUGUAUACUUAAAGCUAACUGAAUACAGUGACUUUUCAAGUCUCAAUUGUAGAAUAUUUUAUUUACCACUAGAUAUUUUCGAACUGGAAAUUUUUAGUUUUUUAGUGAAUACAUCCUACAUAGUAUGACAUGAAAAUAUUUAGUUUGGAGUUAAGAUUGCUGUUGGGGUGACGGUCAACUUUCUGAAACUGAAGCAGUAAAGAUCCUACAAAAGUUUAUUGUUCUCACCAUAAAUUCAUUCUGUUUGUACCUUAUCGUUGUCCUUCUCAUGUCUUCCAAAUCAAUAAAUUCAAAUGUGUUUCUAUUUGUUUUCUACUC